AUGCCACUCCUACGCGCAAUGAUACCUCGGCAAGCCUUCUCCUCCCACUUGAAGGGCGUAUCAAGCAUGCAACGGUGGACAUCUUCCACUACAUCAACAAAAGCUCCCAGUAGUGAACCUUCCGAGAAAUCCGACUCGACAAAGAGAAAGGAGGCGAUCGAGAAGAUGAAGAAAGCUCAUCAGAGCAUGGCGCAAGCCGAUGAAGAUAUGCGCAACAUAAUGGAGGGGCUAGCAGGUGACGGAGGAUCAGCUGCUGCCGAACUAGAAGACGGGAAGCCAGUCGCCAUGAAACGUGGUGUCCGAGAGAAUAUGUUCCGAUAUAUCUAA